AUGGAGGCAGUGAGGAUGCCGACGACAAUCAUCUAUGAGGAGGUCAUGGAAGAUCGGGAGCCGAGAAACGGGCAGGAAUUUAUACAUCGCACUUUAAUGGAUUGGACUUUUGGCCGGCUGCCUUGGCUUGACGAAAUGCUCGACAGCAUGGUCGAGCGGCGCAGAGAAGAAGAGGAUCAGCGUCAGAGCGACCAGGCGGAGGAGGAGCCAUUCAAACCGCCCAAGGCCAUCCAGGACAAUUUGAGGGAGACAACCUGGGCGGCGGCCGGCGCAAGGCUGCAGACUGAGUGCGCCGUGUGCCUCAAGGACUUCGAGGCGGAGGACAUGGUCAGCAAGAUGCCGUGCGACCACUGCUUCCAUCAGGGCUGCAUCUCACAGUGGCUCCGGGUCAGCUGCGUCUGCCCCCUCUGCCGCCACGCGCUGCCCACUGCAUGAUG